ACACACUAAUCUCAUAAUUCAACAUCUUCUCUAGCUAACUACACCUUCAUUCUUUCAAUUCUUUUAUUCCUUAAUUUUUUGUGAUUCUUUCAUCUUUUCUUCCACAAAAAAAUCAAACAAUUUCAACCUCAAAAAUGGAGUUCAAGUCAAGAAACCAAGGCCAGCUUCUGUCCAAGAUCGCAACCAACGACGGACAUGGCGAAAACUCGCCUUACUUCGAUGGAUGGAAGGCGUACGACAGCAAUCCUUACCACCCCACCGAAAACCCUCAUGGUGUUAUCCAAAUGGGACUAGCAGAAAAUCAGCUUUGCUUUGAUCUAAUCCAAGAAUGGAUAAAAAACAACCCCAAGGCCUCCAUUUGCACAGCAGAAGGAGCUGCUGAUUUCAAAGAUAUUGCUAUCUAUCAAGAUUAUCACGGCUUACCGGAGUUCAGAAAUGCUGUAGCAAGAUUCAUGGAGAAAGUGAGAGGCAACAGAGUCCGGUUCGACCCGGAUCGCAUCGUGAUGAGCGGCGGCGCCACCGGAGCUCAAGAAACACUAGCCUUCUGCUUGGCCGAUCGCGGCGAGGCAUUAUUAGUCCCAACUCCAUAUUAUCCAGGAAACGACAGAGAUCUGACGUGGCGCACGGGUGUAAAACUAGUUCCGGUCGUGUGCGAGAGCCGCGACGCCUUCCAGAUCACACGCGCCGCCCUCGAAGCCGCAUACAAGCAAGCUCAAGACUCCAACAUAAGAGUAAAAGGCCUACUCCUCAACAACCCUUCCAACCCACUCGGCACCGUCAUCGACAGACAAACCUUGCAACUAUCCCUCGACUUCACCGCCGACAAAAACAUCCACCUGAUCUGCGACGAGAUCUACUCCGCCACCGUCUCCGGCCAGCCCGGCUUCACCAGCAUCGCCGAGAUCGUCCAGGAGAAUCCCCACUGCAACCUCGACCUCAUCCACAUCGUCUACAGCCUCUCCAAGGACCUCGGCUUCCCCGGCUUCCGCGUCGGCGUCGUCUACUCCUACAACGACGCCGUCGUCAGCUGCGCGCGCAAGAUGUCGAGCUUCGGGCUCGUCUCGACGCAGACGCAGCGCCUGAUCGCGGCGAUGCUGUCGGACGAGGAAUUCGUCGAUGAGUUCCUCGCCGAGAGCGCGCGCCGCCUCGGGAAGCGGCGCGCGGACAUGUGUGAGGGGCUGGGGCAGGUGGGGAUUUGGAACUUGGAGGGGAAUGCGGGGCUGUUUUGCUGGAUGGAUCUGCGGCGGCUGCUGAAGGCGGCGACGUAUGAGGCGGAGCUGGAGCUGUGGCGGCUGAUUGUGAAUGAGGUGAAGCUGAAUGUGUCGCCCGGGGCGGCGUUCCAUUGCUCGGAGCCGGGGUGGUUUCGCGUGUGCUUUGCGAAUAUGGACGACGAGACGAUGGAGGUGGCGAUGGAGAGGAUAAGGAAAUUUGUGGUGAGGAAGAGGGAGGAGGAGGUGGCGAGGAAGCAGAGGAGGAGGAGGAUGGAGUUGGAGGUCAGCUUGUCGUUCCGGCGCCGCCGGGAUGAGCUUGUCAUGAUGUCGCCGCAUUCGCCGAUGGCGUCGCCGCUUGUUCGAGCCAGGACUUAAUUCAAAAACUGGAGUUGUGAGUAAUUAAAUGACCUGACUGUGUCUCUAAAUACAUGAAUUUUAAGAUGUAUUGAUAUUUCAUACUCUCUUCAAUUGUGUUGAAAUUAAUGCAGAGAGGGAUGAAUGUAAUGUUUACAUAAUUUGAAUAGUCAUGAUAGUGUGUAAGAGUUGGUUUGUCCAACAAUGGAAACCAUGUAAUAAAGCAAAACAAUUGAAUUUGAAAGUAUAGUUGAGUGUAAAUUUGUCUAUUUUGACGCAA